AGGAGAUGCAGUUGAUGAACUUCCAGAACAUCUGUGUAGCCAUCAGAAACAGACAUGAAAUUAGAAAUGCAGAGUUAUUUAAAUGUUCUUGCUUUUGGGGAACAUUUUGUACCGCAGAUAGGUUUAUUUCUUCCUAAACCAUACAGUUAGGUAAAUAUUGCAGAAGUAAAUGUACUUUGAGUUUGGACUGUUAAAAAUUUCCUUUCAUUGUGUUGUUAAUAUCUGCAUUGCAGGGAAAUGUAAUUCUUUAUUGGAAUUCUGUAGUCUACAGGUAAAAAACUGUUCUUCCUACUUCCUGACACAGUAGUUAAGGAAUUAACAUCUUGUAUGAGAUUCUCCAGCUUGAAGAUUACAUGUGCUUGAAAAUCCAUCUUGAGGUUGUUAACGGAGUAUGCAGAAGUCUUAUGCUGGUCCUUCACUUGGAGAUGAAUUCAAUGCACAAAAGGGUUGGACUUCUCACUGAGACAUAUUGAACAGAAAACAGAGAUAUGCUUCUGCGUUUCUCUAAAGAACCAAGAUAAUUCUAGAAGGCAUAAUGGGAUCCCUUACAAGUAUCUAUGUCUUUGCUUGUGUCUUUACACUCACACUUUGGAAUAAUAUCCAUCCAACUGUGGAAAAUGAAUUCAUUGCAAACUAUUCAAGCCUUUUGCUAACUGAUGUUCCAAAAAACAUUCCACUCCAUACUCAUGUAUUAGAUUUAUCACAUAAUAGGAUCUCUGAGCUUAGUAUCUCUGAAUUUAUUUCUCUUUCUGACCUUCAAGUAUUAAAUCUGUCUCAUAAUCUAAUUACAGAGCUUGACUUUAAUGUCUUCAUUUUUAAUCAAGAUUUAGAAUACUUAGAUUUAUCUCAUAAUAACAUUUGGAAAGUUUGUUGUCAAAUGCUUGCAUGUCUUAGACAUUUAGAUCUUUCUUUCAAUAAUUUUACUGUCUUGCCCAUCUGUCAGGAAUUUGGGACCAUGUUUCAUUUAGAAUACCUAGGAUUAAGUGCCAUGAUGAUACGAAGGUCAGACUUCAGACACAUCACACAUUUACAGCUGAACACUCUCUUCCUUACCUUAGAAAAGUUUUCUCUGUAUGAGCCUCAGAGUCUGACAGCCUUAAAUACAAAGAGCCUUCACAUUGUUUUUUCAGCAAACCAAAACUUCAAUUUUUCCCUCUUGUAUGAUGGGAUGAGCACUUCAGAAAACCUAAAAAUUGUUAACAUAAAAUAUACCUUGAGCUACAAAGAUUUCCCCUCUCCUUCUUUAAAACUUCUGAAGAAAAUCAAGACAACAGCUCUGAUGCUUGACACUGUGGACUUAGAAUGGCCUAUCAUUUUGCAAAUUUUCCUGCUUAUUUGGUAUUCACCCGUGGAGAAUCUGACUGUGAGAAAUUUGACUUUUCGGGGACCAAUAGGAGUGUUGACUGCAUACAAAUUUGUACCCUUCUUAAGCUCUCUGGAACAAGUAAUCUCUUUGGAUGUCUCCAUGAAAGCGCUAACUUUGGAGCAAGUUCGUAAUAAGGUUUAUUAUUUCAACCAGGAGAUUCUAUACAGAGAUUUUUCAGAGAUGAAUAUUGCCAAUUUGACAAUAUAUGAUGCAUACAUGCCACACAUGCUUUGUCCAGAGAGAGCAAGCUCAUUUCAAUAUUUAAAUUUUUCUCGCAAUGCCCUGACAGAUGAAUUGUUCCAGAAUUGUAGUACUCUGGCAGAUUUGAAGUUACUUAUUUUGAAGAGGAAUAAAUUUGAGAGCCUUUCCAAGGUGAGCUCCAUGACCAGGCAUAUGAAAUCACUGAGGUAUCUGGACAUGAGCAGCAACUUGCUGCGUAACGAUGGAGCCGAGGAGCACUGCCAAUGGACCGAGUCUCUGAUGGAGCUGGACCUGUCCUCAAAUCAGUUGACAGAGUCGGUGUUUGGGUGCUUGCCAGUCAAUGUCAACAAACUGGACCUACAAAACAACCAGAUCGCCAGCGUCCCCCAGGGGAUUGCUGAGCUGAAGUCCUUGAAAGAGCUGAACCUGGCGUCGAACAGGCUGGCUGACCUGCCGGGGUGCGGUGGCUUUUCGGCCCUGGAGUUCCUGAAUAUGGAGAUGAACUCGAUCCUCACCCCUUCUGCCGACUUCUUUGAGAGCUGCCAGAGGGUGCGGGAGCUGGAAGCCGGGCACAAUCCGUUCAAGUGCUCCUGUGAACUGCAGGCCUUCAUGCGUCUUGAGAGGCAGUCUGGAGGGAAGCUGUGCGGCUGGCCGGAGGCGUACGUGUGCGAGUACCCAGAGGACCUGAGGGGAACGCAGCUGAAGGACUUCCACUUGACUGAGCUCGCUUGCAACACGGCCCUGUUGCUGGUGACAGCUCUGCUGCUGACGCUGGUGCUGGUGGGGGUGGUGGCCUUUCUGUGCAUCUACCUGGACGUGCCGUGGUACGUGCGCAUGCUGUGGCAGUGGACGCAGACGAAGCGCAGAGCUUGGCACGAGUGCCCCGAGGAGCGGGAAACCGUCCUGCAGUUCCACGCCUUCAUUUCCUACAGCGAGCGCGAUUCCGUGUGGGUGAAGAACGAGCUGAUCCCGAACCUGGAGAAGGGGGAGGGCAGCGUGCAGCUGUGCCAGCACGAGAGAAACUUUGUUCCCGGCAAGAGCAUUGUGGAGAAUAUCAUAAACUGCAUAGACAAGAGCUACAAGUCAAUCUUCGUGUUGUCUCCCAACUUUGUGCAGAGCGAGUGGUGUCACUACGAGCUGUACUUUGCCCAUCACAAGUUGUUUAGUGAGAACUGCAACAGCUUAAUCCUGAUUUUGCUGGAGCCAAUUCCUCCGUAUAUUAUCCCCGCGAGGUACCACAAGCUGAAGGCUCUCAUGGCAAAGAGAACGUACCUGGAGUGGCCGAAGGAGAGGAGCAAGCGUGCCCUUUUCUGGGCUAACCUGAGGGCAGCUAUUAAUAUUAACCUGCCAAAGUCAUUUGAAGCAAAUGAGGAGGAGAAUGAUGUUAUUUCUACUGGUAGUAUAACUCAGCCUCUGAUUAAGUGACUUGACUGUCCUGCAUUAAGUUGCGUUAAUGAAUGUUUAAUAUCUUUUAAAAAUAUUUUGAGUUUGUAGCAAAAUGUAGUUG